UUUCGUAAAUAAGAAGCCUGGAUCCUCCCCUUACCCCCUCCCCUGUUAUACAGACAUCACAGCCUCAGCAGCCUUUCCCCUCCCCUAACGACUGGGGACUGGUUCCGGGAAUUGAGAAGCGGAAACUUCUUUGAUAAGUGAGCGGCAAUCGAAAUUUGCUAUACUGAGGCGGUAUAUUUUGAUAUUUUUUAUGAUGCUCCGGAUCUUGGGCUAUUUUCAGAUAUUCUUGGUGGUUUCGAGGUUUAUCCUUAACCUUUUAAAUUUCGCUACGGCUGCGGUGUGCCUUUACUAUUCAACUCCAACAGAAAACUGUAACGUUCGAAACCAAACGAACAACAUACUUGGUCGGCAAGAGAUCAGCAACACAGUAGACACAGUAGGGGCGCUGCUAGAAGAUGGUAACUCCCUUUUGCUCCUUUCGAUAAUUGUAUUUUGGAAAACAUUUAAAGUGUGGAGGUAUAUUUGUGCAGUGAUUCGUAUUGGACACUUCUGGGUUUGGUGCGUUUUUUGCAUCACCUUCGCUCUUUCGACUCUAUACGUGAAUAUCAUUCACGGCACAGACAGUACGGGAAACGUCAAUGCGAUGGCAAUCGCACAGAUCAUCGAAAUGCUUCUUCUCACGUUCCUGGCGAGUGCCAUCAACUUCAUUUCCCACGAAACGUACGUGAGAUGGAUCGAAUCUCGAUUCUCGGAGCAGACAAACACGCAACGUGUAUUCAUGCCACUUUUCCGACUCGUCCUUGGAGCAUACUUCUUCAGAAAUCUCGGUUUGUUUUUGUACGACACGGCCCUUGUGUCCAUGAGCAUCUCGCUGUUGAAGGGUGGGAGAGUGGAAGGAACGCGUGACUGGGACAGCUUGCUUCUUUUACUCAACGCAGCGUUCCGUGCCAGUUUCACGAAGUUCUUUUUUGAAAAGAUGUUUAAGGAACAAAAACUUCCAAAGGUGUGCGCGGAUGAAACGGAAAUCUCAACAGGACCUGUGUUGUUAAGAGACCAGCUUGGUGGCUAUCAAGAGAUAGAUGCCGCGUUUGGAUUAGUAAACUGACAAACCUUUUGUGGUUUCGAGAAAGUUUGCCAGUUUUCCUGCUGGUGCUCACAUACAUGUCUGUUCUAGGGCCCUGUUUACAAGCAGGUAGGGUAACCCUAGUGCUAGGGUUACCCUGGCAGGAGGGUUACCCUAAUGUUCC